UUUACCAAAUAAAAAAACCUCCUUAAAUUCCUCACCAAAAACCCUUUCUUCUUUUCAAACUUAUUUUUUAAUUUAAUUCCAAACAAGAAGGAUGAUGUAUCCAGCGAACAAUCGGUGGCUGAUCGGCGAAUCACCGGCGAUGAUUCAUCCGAAUUCUACAUGGACGAGAUUUGAAGACAAGUUAUUCGAACAAGCUCUUGUUAUGUACUCUGAAAACGAUAUUGAACGGUGGCAGAAAAUCGCUAAUCAUGUUCCGGGAAGGACGGCGGAAGAUGUUAUGGCUCACUAUGAUGCACUUGUUCAUGAUGUUUUUGAGAUUGAUUCAGGGAGAGUAGAGCCGCCGAGUUAUCCUGAUGAUUUGUUUGACUGGGAAUCGGAUUGUAAAACUAGCCAGAUCUCGUUUGGGACGAACAAGAAACAUGAAGUUGAGAGGAAAAAGGGGACCCCAUGGACUGAAGAAGAACACAGGUUAUUCCUUAUUGGGCUGGACAAAUAUGGGAAGGGUGAUUGGAGAAGCAUUUCAAGAAAUGUAGUGGUGACGAGGACACCGACACAGGUGGCCAGUCAUGCUCAAAAAUACUACCUUAGACAGCAGUCGAUGAAGAAAGAACGUAAAAGGUCGAGCAUACAUGACAUUACCACUGCAGUGGAUACGAAGAUGGUGCCACCUCAAAACAGUCUUCAGAAUCAAGGAGCGUAUCAGAAUUUCAACUUUCCCAUGUAGAGAGACGUGAAAACUAGGAAUAUCUGUAAAUAUUAUGGUCAUAUGGAAUCUAUGUGUUCCAACUUGUAUAGUUUAUUGUUUCUAGCUUACAGUUGAUUUAGGGGAUUACCUAGUGAAUAGAAGCUUAGUCGAUAGUUUCAGUUACUGCUACGAGCUGAAUCGUUGUACUUAUGGAUGGCAUAAGUUGAACAACCCGUGGAGGUUUACAUGUAAUUAAACAGAGUUUAAGGGAAAUCAUUGGCGUUUUGGUUCCAGAACUAGUUUAUGUUAA